AUGAAAUUUUCGUUAUUGUUACUCUUGAUUAUUGAUUCGUUUGUCGCCUACAAAGAUGACAAGAAGAAAUGCAAAUUUGCGCUUGGUGCAUUGGGAAGAGGAUUUGAGAGUCAUGAAGUUUUAAAGGAUGAAGAGAAAAGAAGAGAGGUGCUGGAUAAAAUCAUUAAACGAAAGAUUGAGACUGUAAGCUAUUCUUGGUUGGAUUUGGAUGCAAAGCCGAUGUAAAGCUCUGUGAGACAUCCUAGAUUUUGCUCUUACACUUUUUUAUUCCCUUUUCACGCAGAAUUAACAAAAAUUUGGUGGAAGUAUGGUUUCUCUGACUGUUUUUCUUUAUCUUUGACAUAAAUCAUGCAAAAUAAUACCUCCCGCUGUAUAUACAUCCUAUCCGUGGAAAUUUGCGAAAAAAGGGUCUCACUUUUCAGUGUCCUCAGACUUACAACAAGCAAUUCUGCGAUUCCAGCCCGUGCAUUCGAGGAGUGGUUGCUUGUUUGGAGGCGCAAAAAACUUCUGAUCAAUAUAUGGACGUUGACAAAUGUUGUGCUGGAUGUGAUGAGUGA